AGAAGGACGCACAGCGCAGACGCGUAGAGACAAAGUUCUCCCACAUCGAGUUCAAAUAUGGUGCCAACAAAUAUGUGCGCUACAAUUUCAUGAAAGUUGAAGAGACGCACACAUGGAUUUAUGUGAGGCGCGUUAGUGUCGUGGAGCCAAAGAGAUAUCCAGUCAUGAUUUGGGUCGUGGUUUUACCAUUUUUUAUUUCGUGCGCAUUCGGGAACAGGACCGUGGAGCAGGUGCCGUUUUUUCACGGCCAUGUAUUUGAGAACUCGUCCCCGGGCUGCCGGGUCAACGGACUGAGCGUCCCAUUAAAGCGACUCAACUCGCAAAGGCUGUGCGGUGCCGGGGAACCCAGCUCGGCGGCAGCGCAUCUCAAACUCCUGGGAGAGGGCAGCGAGAAUUUCCGUGUCUUUGCGCACCACAAACGGGGACAUAUUCUACUGAAGACUUCCAGGGUUCUGGACAGAGAGGAGCGUGCCGAAUAUGCGCUAGGUCUCGGUUUGUGUUGUGGUCAAUGCGCGGGACUCUCCCGGGAAGAGGAAGACAUGUCUCCACUAGUGGCUGAGGUGGCGUCCAUCAAGGUGGACGUUUUGGACACUAACGACCACCAGCCCACUUUCCCCGGAGACGAUGUGAAACUGAGCCUCGAUGAUGCCACUGCGCUCCGCAUGGCGAUCUACACGGUCACCGCGCGGGACGAUGACAGCGGCAAGAACGCCGAGCUCAUCUACUUUGCUCUGCCCAGAAACGGGAGUUUCUACGUGGUGCCCAAAACUGGCGACAUCCUCCUUGUCGACUCCAUCCUCGGCCUGGAUGAACCUAUUAAAUUUGAAGUGUUUGCCCGGGACCGGGGGUGGCCACCUCGCACAAGCCAGGGCAUAACAGUGGAAAUAAAUCCACGGCAGUGGCCCGUGGCGCCCUCACUAAAUCCCCAACCGGGAAAAGGGAAACCGAAAUCGCAAGAGAAAGUACCAGCGAGAAAGUCCAGGUCAGUACUGGAAUCAGAUAGCCCAGUUUUAAUCAACGUGUCCGAGGAUGCAGGGAUCGGUUCAGUGGUGAUGAACCUGAACCCGGUGAGGUUUCAAUCGGCCACGUUUGAGCUGGUUGAGCCCGACGUGGAGAGCUCACCGGUCAGCGUAAGUCGGGACACCGGGGACAUAAUCAUAACCCGGAAACUGGACCGAGAGACUGAGCCUCUAGUGGAGAUCACCGUCAGAGUGCAGGAUAAAAGAGGUCCAGAGUGGUACUUGGUCAGAGUGGAGUUAACGGUGACGGAUGUAAAUGACAACAUCCCAGAAUGGAGCAUGGUUCCUGCUCCCUACCUUGCUGUGGUUUCCCCUGAUGCCUCUGCAGGUUCCCUGGUCUACAAGCUCUUUGCUGAGGAUGGAGAUGAAGGCAACAAUGGUGAAGUGGAGUACUUUUUGUCUGACGGUGGUGAUGGUCGUUUUGAAGUGGACAGGAAGUCUGGCCAGGUACGAACUACGGGCCUUCCCCUGCAGCGGGACAGGGAAUACCUGCUGACAGUGGUGGCUGCUGACCGGCUGGGCAGCCGCAGUGCUCCUGCUGUCAUCUCUGUGGUUGCUGGACCCCGGCCACCACAGUUUACCAAUGCCUCCUUCACUAUUGCAAUACCAGAAAACACCCCUGAAGGACAACCCUUCUUGGCAACACCUGCUGUGUCCUUCCAGAAGAAACCAAUCAGCUACAGUCUGCUUAUCAAUCCCAGUAGUCUCUUCUCCAUCUCAGCAGAGACUGGUGAAAUCAGCCUGACGCGCCCUAUUGACUACGAGAGCGACCAACAUCGUUACUUGCUAUUGGUGCGAGCCAGUGAGGGGAUAGAGAGCAUGAGCAGUGCAGCCGAGGUACGGGUAGUUAUUACUGAUGAAAACGACUGCGUUCCUGAGUUCCUCCAGUCAAUUUACAGCAAGGAUGGUGUACCAGAGACUGUGACAACAGCAACCUCCCUGCUGCAAGUUUCGGCCAAUGACUGUGACUCGGAGGAGAAUGCAGAGCUGACCUAUUACACCCUGAGUCCAGACUUCACUAUUUCCCCUCACGGAACAAUCUUCCCCGCGGGACCUUUAGACUAUGAGAGACCUAAUCAUCUGUAUGAGUUUGUAGUCAUGGCCAUUGACAAGGGGGAGGUUCCUCGUACGGGCACGACUACGGUACGGAUUAGGAUGGCAAACGUCAACGAUGAGGCACCUGAGUUCUCCCAACACAUAUAUCGGACGUUUGUCUCAGAGGACGCAGGCCCCAACACAUUGGUUGCUACGGUGCUGGCAAAGGACCCCGAUGGUGAUGGCAUCACGUAUAAGAUCACCACAGGAAAUGAGGAGGGCAACUUUGUCAUUGACAACCAAAAAGGCUUGAUCCGGCUGCGCUCCAGCCCACCACCUCGCCUCCAGGGUGUUGAAUAUGUCCUCAAUGUUACAGCCACGGAUGACAAUGCCUCAGGCGGACCUCAGGCCUUGUCAUCCACGGCUCAGGUCAUAGUUGGAGUGGACGACGUGAAUAAUAACAAGCCUGUCUUUGAGAAGUGUCAGCAGUACCGUGAGAGCACAUCGGUCCUGGAGAACCAGCCAGCGGGGACGUUUGUUCUGCAGGUUCACGCUGUGGAUGCUGACGAAGGCUCCAAUGGCAGGGUCACAUAUGGCUUCAUGCACAAAGACUCUACUGUGCCUGCAUUUAGUAUACACCCAGAAACCGGAGUAAUUGUGACGGCCAGGAAAUUUGACCGCGAACGGCAAAGGGAGUACGCGGUGACAGUGACUGCCACUGACCAGGCGGCUGACCCGCUGAUUGGCAUUUGUCAGCUGAACAUUCUCAUUCUGGACCAGAAUGACAACAGUCCCAAGUUUGAGAACCUCAGAUACGAGUACUUCCUCCGUGAGGAUACUAUGAUUGGAACUAGUUUCUUACGGGUGGCGGCUCACGACGAUGACUUUGGGACCAAUGCAGCCAUCACAUACUCCAUGUCUAAUGAGCAGCCAGAGUACCUAAGGGUCAACCCGCUGACAGGCUGGGUGUACGUUAACCAACCCAUCUCGCAGAGGACCUACAUUACCAGAGACAUUGUGGCUACAGAUGGGGGAAACAGGAGCAGUUCAGUGGAGCUGGCUGUUACCAUCACCAAUGUGAAGAACCAGCCUCCACAGUGGGAAAAAGACAACUACAACGUAGUCAUACCAGAAAACACCGUCCGGGACACACCCAUCGUGACCAUCAAAGCCACUUCACCUCUUGGAGAUCCCAGAGUAACGUAUAAUUUGGAGGAUGGCAUGGUCCCAGAGACCAACAUGCCAGUUCGUUUUUACUUGACCCCCAACCGAGAGGAUGGUUCGGCAUCUAUCCUGGUGGCAGAGCCCCUGGACUAUGAGACCACCAAGAACUUCAUGCUGAGGGUUCGAGCUCAGAAUGUUGCUGCUGUACCACUGGCUGCCUUCACGACGGUCUAUGUCAAUGUGACUGAUGUAAAUGACAACGUCCCUUUUUUUACUUCAUCCAUCUAUGAGGCCUCUGUCACUGAAGGAGCAGAGUCGGGAGCUUUGGUUUUCCAGGUUUCAGCUAAUGACCUGGAUUUGGGCCCCAAUGACACAGCAUAUGUACGCAUUUUUAUUAGCGACGUCAACGAUAACAAGCCGGAGUUUGCACAGGCCUCCUAUGAAGUCGAUGUGGAUGAGGACGCUGAUGUGGGCUUUGCCAUUCUCACAGUCAGCGCCAACGACGGGGAUGAAGGUGGAAACGCUAAGCUGCGGUACCAGAUCACAUCAGGAAACACAGGAGGGGUGUUUGAUGUGGAACCAGAGGUGGGCACUAUCUUUAUAGCCCAGCCUCUGGACUACGAACAGAACAAAAGGUACAAGCUUCAUCUUCUGGCUUCAGAUGGGAAGUGGGAAGAUUACACGACUGUGACAGUAAACGUGGUCAACAAGAAUGACGAGGCUCCGGUGUUUACUGUUAACGAGUACUACGGCAGCGUGACAGAGGAGCUGGAUGGUUCUCCGGUGUUUGUGUUGCAGGUAACGGCAACUGACCCAGAUAAGGACGCCGACCAGGAGGCCCUGCGUUACUCUCUCCACGGCCAAGGUGCAGACAGUGAAUUCAUAAUUGAUGAGGUCACGGGGAAGAUCUACGCCCAGCGGACGCUCGACCGCGAGGAGCGCGCCGUCUGGCGUUUCGUCGUCCUGGCCACAGAUGAGGGCGGCGAAGGUCUGACAGGUUUCACAGAUGUCAUCAUCAACGUAUGGGACAUAAAUGACAACGCGCCCAUCUUCACGUGCGCUCCCAGCUGUCACGGGGAAGUAGCAGAGAACUCAGCAGCAGGGACGUCGGUGAUGGAAAUGACGGCGACCGACCUGGACGACUCGGCUGUGGGGCAGAACGCUGUGCUCUCUUACAGGAUUGUGGGUAGUUUAGAUGCCACUAACGCGGAGCUGGGCGGAGUCCCCACCUUCUCAGAAAUGUUUACCAUCAAUCCCACCACGGGCACCAUCACUGUAGGCAUAGGUGGGCUAGACCGGGAACAAGUCGAGUCCUACCUCCUGGUGGUGGAAGCCAGGGACGGGGGAGGGAUGGCAGGAACGGGAACUGCUACUAUUCUGAUCAAAGAUGUGAACGACCACGCUCCGAGAUUCACUGAUCACUCCUGCCUGGCGAGGAUUUCUGAGAACGCAGAGCCCAAUGCAGAGGUCUUGGAUCUUGCAGCAGAGGACAGGGACAUUGGUGAAAACGCCCAGCUGACCUUUAGUGUCGUGUCUGGAGAUCAAGAGCAAAAGUUCUACAUGGUCAGUCACAAGCAGGAGCAGCGCGGCACCUUGCGGCUUAAGAAACGUCUGGACUACGAACGGCACAGCGAGCAGAGGUUCAACCUGACGCUGAAGGUUGAAGACCUGGACUUCUCCAGCCUUCUGCACUGUGUGGUGGAGGUGGAGGACUAUAACGAUCACGCUCCUGUCUUCAUUCCACACUUCAUGUCACUCGCUCCGCUACCCGAGGACAUUGUUGUGGGAACCAGUGUGGCCCAUUUGGUAGCCAGCGACUCUGAUUCAGGCCAGAACCGUGACAUCACCUAUAGCUUGUCAGAGGACUCAGACCCCGAGGGUCUGUUCACCAUCGAUCAGUCCGGUCUGCUGUCAGUGGCUCGGCCUCUGGAUCGGGAAAGGAUACCCCAGCAUCACUUAGUUGUCAUUGCGACUGAUCACGGCGUCCCAGCUCUGACAGGCAGCGCCACAGUUCAGCUGCCUCUGUUGGAUGUGAAUGAUAACGGACCGGAGUUUGAAGCAGCGUACUCUCCAAUAGUCUUUGAGAAUGUGUCUGGACCGCAGGUAGUAAGGUUGAACCAAACGUCGACCCUCCUUCAAGCUGUGGAUCACGACUCCCCUGAGAACGGCCCUCCUUUCCACUUUGCCGUCCCCCCUGAAUAUCGCUACAGCAACGAUUUCUACCUUCAGGACAAUCUCAACGGCACGGCCACACUAACAGCUUUGAGGACAUUUGACCGCGAGCGCCAAAAAGAGUUUCUCAUUCCUAUUAUUAUGAGUGACAGUGGAAGUCCAGCCAAGACGGUGACCAGCACCCUGACUGUGACCAUCGGUGACCAAAAUGAUCACGCACACGUGGCAGGGGAGAAGAAAAUCUUCAUUAAUAGUCACAGGGGCCGUAUGCCAACUACAGUGCUCGGAAAGGUCUACUCUCCUGACCCAGAUGAUUGGGACAACAAGACGUAUGUCUUUGAAGGACAUGUGCCAAGUUACUUUAUUCUGAACAAGCGAACUGGUUUCCUGAUCAUCAAAGAGAACGCCCCACCGGGCACCUACCAGUUCCAGGUUCGUGUGUCAGAUGGAAUUUGGCCAGAUGCCGUCUCCACUGUUACCGUACACGUGAGGGAACUCCGAGAUGACGCCAUCUACAACUCGGGGUCACUUCGCCUGGCAGACAUCACAGCGAAGGAGUUCAUUGAACUGAGGGGGAAGCAGCGGAGCCGCUACGAGCUGCUGGUGGACUUCCUGUCUGAGAUGCUCUCGGUCCCACCCGAUGAUGUCAACAUCUUUAGCCUCAUGGACGUGAAGGAGCGAAUGCUGGAUGUUCGCUUUGCUGUGCAUAGUGGCCCAUCUUUCCUUCAGCCCGAGAAAAUGCAUGGUUACCUGGCUGCUCACAAGCAAAAGCUCAUCAUCAGUCCUGAUUGGCUGGUGAGUGCGAUGACCACAACAGUCCCCACUCUUAGGUGCCAGUGCCCGGCUCAGUUCGAGGGGCCCGAAUGCCAGCAGAACAAGCACAGUUUCCAUGGCAACGGCUAUGCCUGGUUUCCUCCCAUGAUGCCCUGUUUCGAGAGCCAUGUGUCGCUGGAGUUCAUCACGGACGUGGCUGAUGGCCUGGUGUUGUACAGCGGCCCCUUAGCGCAGCUGCAAGCCUGGGACCGCGAGGACUUCAUGGCUAUAGAGCUAAUAGAUGGGACCCCCACCUUGAAAAUCAACCAUGGCUCGGGCACAGUGGUGCUACAGUUGCCAGGCAACGUGAACGUGGCAGACAGGCGGUGGCAUCGGCUGGAUGUCCGCAGCAACAGCAAGGAAGUACGUUUCACCCUGGACCGAUGUUCAGGGGCAGCGGUGAAGGAGCUGGUGGGUAGCUGGUUGACCUCUCAAGACCACUCUUCCUGUGAAGUGAUGGGUGUUACGCCUAACACCGACAGACACCUGAACAUGAGUCAGGUGCUUCAGCUCGGCGGUGUGAACGAGGACAUCCCAUACAUCUACCCCCAGCUUCAGCACAAACACUUCACCGGCUGCGUCCGUAACCUCAUCGUGGACAGCAAGCUGUAUGAUUUGGGCUCCCCGGCCGACUCGCAGUCCAGCUCUCCAGGCUGCCUGACCACAGAUAGCAGCUGUGUCAACAUGGGCUAUCCAUCCUGUGGCCGCCGGGGUCGCUGUCACGGUGAGUGGGGCUCCUUCAGCUGCCAGUGUAUACCCGGAUACACAGGACACCAGUGUGAAGAAGAGGUCCCAGAGUACUCCUUUGAUGGCCACAGUCACGUGCGUUACCAGUUGGCGUCCCCGCUGCCUGCCCGGAGGACAUGGAUCCAAGUCCUGGUUCGCACCCGUAAACACAGCAGUGUCCUUUUCAGUCUGAUCUCAAAGGAGCAAAGUGAAUACUUACGUCUGGAGAUCUUUCAGGGCCUUCUAUGUGUUUUCUACAACCUUGGGGACGGGGACUACAACCUAACACUGCCCACUUAUCGACUCGACAACGGUGAGUGGCACGAGGUCUUCUUAGAUCGCCAUGACAAUGAGAUGACACUACGAAUGGACGGUGGCGGAGGACAGCGUGAGGUUUCAGGACUGCAGGGACGGAGCCGAGAAAUCAUCAUUGACCCCACUGUGGUGAUGCUGGGAAACACUUUCCCUUCUGGCAUCAACAAGAGCUUCCAGGGCUGUAUGAGGGAUCUACGCCUCAAUGGUCGCUACAUGCCGCUGGACAGCCAGCCACGAGAUGGGGUUUCCCAGGUCAGCGUACAAGGCCUGUCUGCUGGGUGCUCAUCUGACUCCUGCAAAAGGAACCAAUGUAGCCCCCCUUUUACCUGCGUCGACUUGUGGAGAGUGCACGAAUGCAGAUGUCCUCCUGGUCACAUGAUCAGUGUAAACGGGACCAAAAAGUCUUGCUUGUACACCCUUUGUGCUAUGCGGCCCUGUCACCGCGGGACCUGCGUGGCCCAGUCGCCCUCCAAAUUCACCUGCCACUGCCCGGAGGGUUACCGAGGACACCGCUGUGAGACGACACUGGCCAUAUACAGGGAGGACGUGGGCCUCAGCUUCAGCUCCCUGUUUGCCAUCUGUAUCUGCUUCAUGGCCUUACUGGUGCUGCUACUGGGCAUUUUCCUCUACACUCGCUGGAGGUCCUACAAAGGGCUGAAAGAGGGCGUUUACCACGUCUCGGCUCAUCACGACGGCUGGGAGGACAUCCGGGAGAACGUCCUCAACUACGAUGAGGAGGGCGGCGGGGAGGAGGACCAGAAUGCCUACGACAUGGCAGAGCUGCAGAAGUCCCUCCAGCCGAGCCCGGCCCAGUCAGUGCAGUACUGCCGCUCUAGAGCCUUGCACCACCCUCCUCCUCCCCACCAUCAUCACCAUCACCUCCUCCACCAGGCGCCCCCCGUCCCACCCUCUUCCCAGCCGCUGGACCCCCUGAGCCGGACGACCAGCUCCACGACCUUGCCUCCCUCUGCAGCUUCCACUUCCUCCACGGCCACCACGACGACCAGUCUCCGCAGGGACGUCCCCCCCACCAGGCUGCCGGCCCAGGGCCAGGCCCGUCCCUCGCAGCUAGCCCGUCGUUCCCUCUCCUUCUCCAGCCAGGAUCUGGCCCGCUACCUGUGCGAGAUCAUCCGCGAUGCCGACCAGCAUCCAGACACGGGACCUUUUGACUCCCUGCAGGUCUUCUCCACCGAGGGCGGGGGCUCGCCCGCCGGCUCCCUCAGCUCCUUCAGUUCAGCAGGGCUGGAUGGAGGCAGCAGCGGAGAAGGGGGAGCGGAGGCGAGGAGGGAGGAGACGCUCGGGGAGUGGGGGCCUCGCUUCGAGAAGCUUCGGGCGCUGUACGAGCGAGCCGAGGCCAGCGACCUCUGAGCUCCGACACAAACUCACAAACUGAUCGGACCCUGAUAACGGGGCCGCCCAAAACAAUCAGUUAGCAGACGCUUGGCGGCGACCGAGGCUGGAAAAGCGAGAGACUGGCCGACAGAGAGAGAGUCGCUCCACGCGCAGCGCUUUGCUGACAGCUGACACGAACUGUGUUGUAUUUACUGGAUGAUGAGACCCGUCAAUCAAAGCGGGGGCCUAAGAGACAGAUGAAAGUGUCCCUAUGAAAAGAGCCUGUCGCUCUGCACUCACUCUACCUUGGACGGCAAUUUUGCAGGAGCAGACGUUAUCAAACCUACAAGUCAGGUUAAAUGCUUCAGAACGUCAGCCUGCACUCGGGCUACUCAUCAUGAUGGAGCUUAGCUUCACUGUCGGAAAAAUCUGUUCCAGUCACAGACACUAAAACCCCAAAUUUCCUCGUGUGUGGAUGAGCUGCCAGCUGAAGGCAGAAAAUAUGAAAAUGUUUUGGCCGGGAUUUUUUUAAUACAUAUAUAUAUACACCUGAGCAAAUCAAUGCUACUAAAUGUAUUUUUAGCACCUUGCUGCUCUGUAAAUAAAUGUCAUAUAUUUCACACGGUACUGUUACACGAUAAGACAGUGAAGAUGAGGCGGAUCAUACUGAGUAGCCCAUCCAACGCAGUUUCACUGUAGUGGACACGUCGUGUUCUCGCUGCCUGGCUGUAAACAGCUUCUGUCAAUGUUUGUAUGAGAAAAAAAACAAAAAGAAGUGCUUCGACCAUCGCUGGUUUCCAGGGUGAGAUUUCUUUUCUGGUAAUGUGUCUUUUGCUAGGUUGAGUAAUUCUGUAUUGGUUGGGUGUUUCAAGUUUCAACGCUCCAUGGGUUGUAAGACAUCAAGCUUUCUACUUAGUACCGUGGCCGCGUCUUCAUUUGAUUUCCUAUUCUCAUUUACGCUCCGCCGCCGCUCGUUCCUCCUCACCCGGGGGAGGGUGCACAAAAAUUCAAACGUCUUUGUAACAAAGAAAUGCGAGUGGACGUGUGGACUGCGGGAGGGAGGAAAUGCUCGCUCUGUUGCUCUGUUUCGUGCACGCUGUUCCUCUGGCAUACCAAAUGUGGCGGCUGCGAGAGACUAUUUUAACAGAUGCUCGGCAGAAUACAAAGUACACCGAGCUGCCUUUCAAGGUGACUACUCAAUAAACAUAAAUGGAGGGAAGAGGGUAAGAGAUAUUUAUAAGGAUUAUAUAUAUAUAUAUAAAUAUAUAUAUGCUUGUGAGCUGUGAUAGCUGUGCCAUAUGCAGUUCACGCAUCCAUCUAUUGUGUCUUGCUAAAUUAGCACAUAUUUCUUGGCUGAAACAUGAGGAUUGUGGGUAAGAGCUGCAGGAACAUGUCAUUGUGCGUUUGUUUUUUUUAAUGUCAAAACUGUGAAUUAUCCCUCCAGCUUCUCUCUCUCUCUCUCAGCUCUGCAAAAAAAGUAAACACUUUGUCUUAAAAGAACAAAAAGGCAAAUAACAAUAAUAACGCAGCGAAUGGGAGUCUAAAAGGGUCCCC